UGCACCGCCACCGCCUCUCAUCUUCUUCUUUGAGCGCAGCCCUCUUCGUCGCUUCUUCUUCCUCUCAACCAUACCGUCGUCGAUUAGCGACUUGCAUUGGCACCAUCAUGUCGUCGGUCAUCAAAAAACAAGACCGAUGACUCACCAAUCAUGACAACCAUGGAAGAACACACAAAUCCCCAUAGCCAUCGUGAGUAACAAGAAUGGUGACACAGAAUUAUUCAACCGCGAUGCUACUAUCAUGGAAGGGGCGAUCGGAUAAGAUCGAUGACGGCGAGGAGACCACGUCAAGCUUCGGCCGAUUGACCUCCCCUAUAAUGGUCAAGUUUCGGUCGACCACCGUUAUGUGAGAAACAUCAUGAAGCUUACACCAACAGUCAUGGUAAGCUACAAGCUCUCAUCGACCACCGUUAUGGCAAGAAGCUUGAAUCCACUGUGAUGAUGAAGAAAUCGUGGCCUUCGACCGAUCGGUUAACACUUAAUGCCGAUCGAUCUUCGCAAACAGGGAGCAAGACAUCCCAUAGCCGAUGAUCGAUUGAUCGGUUUCUGUUAUGGCGAAAACAACCCACUUCAGGUCACCCAUGGUGAAACAUCGAUCGAUGGUAGUGCGAGGCAUAAUUAGCCACCAUCAUACUGGUAAUAGCUUGAAUGACCCAUUGACAGAAUACACAAGGUCGCGGCAGCCCAUAAGGCCGUGAUCGAUUGGUCUUCUUUGCCAUGCGCAAUGAAGAAGAACUUUUAUAUGACUGUCAUCGACCACUGGAAAUUUCGUGGUUGCAGCCGACGCACAACAAUCACCGCCAUGGCCAUGGAGGAACACAUAAUCCCACGGCCACCAAAAUCGCACGACAUGCGCAACAGGUGCUAGGACACAUUUUUGUACAGCUUAGGCAAACUGAGAAGGCCCAAGAGUUUCUCAAAAAAGCUACUAAAAUUGAUCCUUGUGAUGGCCAGCGUAAUCAUUGCAAAGCGUUUGACCAAGAAGUUUUGCCAAAUGCCAACGAAGAACUGCAUGUGAUCAGCUUCUUAAACUCUGCGAGUGUUAUUGUAGAAACAUGCAAGAUUUACCCUACAACACAUGCAAGAUUUAAACUCUACAGUUUGUAAUUGCAUUUUUCCCCAAUUUAUGUUAGUUUAAUAUAGAAACAUUGUUUCUCUAAUAAAGAACAUUAUGAUAUAAUUUAAAAAAGAAUUAUUCUGCUUAUGUUUUCCCAAACAAAGAAUUCAGUAUGUAUCAUCUUAGUGCAAAAUUGUUUCAGCAUUUAUGGGUUACAACUUGAACUGUUUUUUUCCAAGAUUUAAG